CAUCCUGACCGAAACACGCAUGCACUCGGUGAACGCCUUUUGACAGGCUUGCACUAGCAUCAGCGCUUUCGCCUUUCAGCCUCGGUUUUCUGUCCAUCAUGGCUGCACUAGUUGAUGCAAGCUUGCGAGAAUCUGAGCUUCUUGCACUGCGGCUUCAGGAGCAGGAGCUGCAAGAGCAACAGGAUGCCCUUCUCGCUCAGCGGCUCGCUCUCGCCUGGGUUCACGCACCGGACGACGAAGUCGAGAUUGUCAAAGAGGUCACUGCGGUUGAUGAAGACCCUGACGUCCGCAUCGUGUCGGAACAGCUAGCCAGCGUGCGGGACAUGCAAAGCAAGCUGGUAGCGGAGCAGCUGCGGCAGAGCGCCGCCGCGGACGCCGCCGCGCAGCGGCAGUCGGUAGCGGUCGCGUGGGAUCUCGAGGAGCAGGACAAGAUCAACGCACGCAUCGCACAGCACGACCGGGCGUUCGCGCAGCGGCUGGCGUCCGUCGACCCGUAUACCUGGCAGCAUGUCGGGGACGAGAUUGAGGAGCCGAUUGAGGUCGACCCGCCCCGCAAGCGCCCGUGCCGCGGCGGGCCAGCGGGCGUUGAGAGGGGCGGGCCGGGGGCUGCGGGCAGCGCGGCGGGCGGGCCGGCGGGCCGGUCGGCGGCUGGCGGCGCAGCGGGGCCGUCCUCGACCACAGGCGGGACUCCGAGCAGCCGCAUGAGCACUCGCAGCCAGCAGGCGGCUCCGCCUGGUGGCGGCGCCGCUGGGCCCUCUGCCACCACCUCGCGUCACAGUGGCGGUGCUUCUGGCAGCGGGGCCAGUGGUAGUGGCGGCGCCGCCGGCCCCUCUCGCGGCGCUGCUGCGGCUGGCGGUUCAGCUGCGGUGCCGCCGCCGGCUGCAGCCGCCGGGAAGCGGGGCGCCACCGCGGAGUGCCUCAGCUGCUGCGACCGCUUUUCACUGGACCAGGUCACGUGCGCCGGCGCGGACGGGGCGUCUGGCAGCAGCGGCGCCGCGGGCUGCGGGCAUAACUUCUGCCGCGGCUGCCUGACCUCCUAUGUGCGUGGUGUGGUGCGGGACCGCAAGUUUCCUGUUCUUUGCCCCAUGAGCGCCGGCGGCGUGGGCGCGGCCGGCGGCUGCAAGCAGCAGCUGUCGCGCGAUGCGGCGCGGUACGCACUUCGCGGAUAUCCCAAGGACCUGCAGGCCUUUGACAUGAUGGAGGCUGAGAGCGGCAUCGCGGAGGACCUGCGCAUCUACUGCCCGCACAAGUCCUGCUCAGUCCUCCUGAUCAAGCCCGAGGAGCAUGACAUCCCCGAUGACAAACCCAUGUCCUGCCCCGCCUGCGGCCGCGCCUUCUGCGUGCGCUGCCGCAUCCCCGGCUGGCACAAGGGCUACAGCUGCGCUCAGUUCCAGGCGCUGCCGGCGCACCUGCGCUCCGCCGAGGACGCGGCCAUGCUGGCGCUGUCGGCGCAGCACCGCUGGAAGCAGUGCCCGCAGUGCCAGCUCAUGGUGGAGCGCUCCGAGGGCUGCAACCACAUGCAGUGCCGCUGCAGCUGCGACUUCUGCUACGCCUGCGGCAAGAAGUACAAGAAUAAGGAGCCCACGGCGGACAACGUGCACGGCACGCCGGCGUGCGAGUGCAAGCUGUUCGACGUGCCGGAGGAGGAGGAGGCCGAGGGCGGCGCGGCGGGCGGCGCGGCGGGCGAGGAGGAGCCGGUGCGGCCGGUGCCAUGGCGCGGCGGGCGCCAGGUGAGCCGGCGGCGGUGCCGCUUCGCGGCCUCCAUCCACGACUGCCCGCACCGCUUCAAGUGCUGGUUCCGGCACCAGGAGGAUGGCAACUUCUGAGGUGGGGGCGGGCUGGCACUGCGGUGUGUACAUUGGAACACCAAACACGUUGGCGUUGCUCCUAGCACGUUGGCGGUGCGGUUAAAGCGUUGAGGGAUGUAGUACGAGUCAAUCUGUGGGUGGCUAAACUGGGCGUUUGUGUUGCCGAGAUGUACCGUACGGGUGUUGCAGCUGCUUGCGGGGCGCAACAGGAUGGAGGAUGUGCGCUUAUCGGACACAGGGAAAACAAGGAUGUGCGUGUUGUGCAUCAGCUGGCUGGCGAAGCCUAGUGCGGAGGCGUCUUGGCCAGUGAAGUCGAGUGUCAUGACCUGGCGCGUGUGCGCGAGCAACGUGUGUGCACAUGCGUCGUCGUGUGCCACAUCUACGGCGAUGUUACGGCGGUUAUACGGUAUGGUCAUGAGCAUCACACAGCACAGGCUUCGGUGGGAUACCGGUACUGGUGCCGGCGAAGGGGCCAGUCAGUCUCAAAGUUCUUGGGCAAAUGUGAAGCAGCUAUUGGCUUCGGCCUUUUGCUUCCAAGUGUUCCCUCAUGUUAGCCGUCUGCCAG